AUGGUGAUUCGAGGCCUUUUGUUGCCGCCAUUUUUGUGUUCCAAUCCCAGCCCAGCAUCUUGUUUGAAUCUUCUCAACCCUUGCUCGAUUGCCCUUUUUUCUGUGUGCACAAGAAACCUUCCCGCUGACCUGUCUCUCCUUGUUCCGUCACAGUUCGACCCAGAUUUUCAAACGCCUCUAAUACUCGGCGAGUCGUUGGAUCUGUCGGACUCAGAAGAAUCACAGUUUGUCGGUGCAUUUUCAGACGGCCUGUGGGCCAAGUCUGAGCCCAUCCUGUCCAUGUCUGCUUUCCAGAAGCCCGUUGCCGGCGCCAUACUAGAUUACGGUUCCACUCGGUCUUUGCAUGAUGCUGCUUCUUACUCGAACUAUGGUCAAUCACCUUAUGUGACGACCCCGAUGGUUCCCUCGCCCAUGGCCGAUCAGGCAAGUCAGAUCUCGGAUUGUGUUCCGUAUCUGCCCAACGAGUAUGCUAGCUCGUACGAGGAGUCUCAGUCGCCCAUGUUGGGCGCACGCCACCGUCAGCUACCCGAAAUUGUGACAUACAGCCCCCAGCGCGGAAGUGAAGGAACUAGGGUGAUGGUCCAGAUCCAGUGCCCCUAUGACCUCCACGCUUCUUCAUACGCAUCUUUGUAUGUUGUUUUCGGCUCAAAGAAGUGUGAAUCCCUCCCGCAUUUCCUUGGAUUCCAGGGCUCCGCGUUCCAGUACGGUCUUUCGGCUGAUGUACCUGCAUUCUUGUCUACUGGAUCCCCAUCUUUUGCUGUUCCUCUGUCUGUCUUAAUGGAGACCCAGGAUGACUCUCCCGCCACCUCGCUUCAGGUUGGUGUGUACACUUAUGAGCAAGCUGCCCACCCUUCGCCAUCAGCGGAUUCCCGCAAGAGAAAGUUCUCAUAUUCCGAUGCUCCUGCGGCACCUGCUAAGCGACACAACGGAUCCGUGAUCCCCAAGGUUGAGCACCACGAGGGCUACCACAGUCGCUCUGUGUCUGCGUCUUACUCGCCUUACUUGCAGCCACUUCCCGCCAUGGCCGGGUUCGUCGCACCAUACCACGCUGCGUCCUCUCCCCAGACAGGCUCUGGCCAAUACUCUUCUUCUGCCACCCCUCAGCCCGCCCUCCGUGUUCCUUCACCUAUUACCCCAGCUUGGAGCCCAUCUUUCGUCCCUGUGAGCAAUGAUGGUCGCAACUCUGGUCUCGCCUUGACGCAUGGUGUUCCUCAGCACAAAGGUCCCACCCAGCGUGGUUCUUCAAAUCCCACUUUGAUCCGCACCUCCACCAUACAAACGCACAGCAUGCCCCACAACCCCGCCUUCAACCCUUAUGCCAUGUAUCCCACCAAGGCUGUCCUCAAGCUCAACGGUGAUCUCGAUAGCAUGACACAAGGCUGGUCGAAGGAAGAACGCACGUCCCAACGCCGCCUGGUGCAAUUCACCCGUUCUCAAACUGGUAGCACCAUCCUGGGCGAGUUCAAGGCUGUUACCCCCGAGGAUCGUGCCCCGAGCAGUAUUUGCAUCAGCUGCAUUUUGUGGGAGGAGAGGAAUGAGUGCUACGUGACCAGCGUGGACACCAUUUAUUUGCUUGAGUCCCUCGUGGCUGUGCGCUUCACUGUCGAAGAGAAGAAUCGUAUUCGUCGCAACCUGGAGGGCUUCCGCCCCCUGACCGUCUCCAAGGCCAAGGUCGACAGCGAAGAGUUCUUCAAGGUGAUCAUGGGUUUCCCUGCCCCCAAGCCUCGCAACAUCGAGAAGGAUGUCAAGGUCUUCCCCUGGAAGGUCCUGAGCCACGCACUCAAGAAGAUCAUUGGGAAAUACUCUGCCAGCUAUUCCUCAACCGCCGUCUUGGCACUGGUUCUGAUUCCGUCCAUCUCCGACGCUGGUGCUGGCAACACCUACACUGGUAUGCCCGUCCAGCCCUACUCGCAGGCAGAUCACUCCGCCUCCCACAUGUCUUCGGCUCCUGAGCUCCGAUCCAUGACCGUUGCCUCCCAGCCCUAUACGUCUGUUGGAGCAUACUCGUACCCGGCCAUGUGCCACCCCCAGAAUGUCAACGGUCUGCCAGCUACAGCCCCGCGACCUUCUUGGGACAUGCAGCCUCUCGGCCCCAACGCUCCUCACACUGGCGCACCCGGAAAUGGCACAUGCUACACCUACCUGGAUCCCGUGUACUCGAUGCACGAUUCGGCCCACGGCGGCCAGUGA